CGGACUUCACUCACUAAUUUCCUUCUUCUUCCUUUCUACUCAAAGAAUUUCUCUUAAAAUCUGCUUAUAAGUAAUUAUUAUUGCUUUUAAGCAGCGAUAAGUUCUGGGUUCUGGAUAGUUCUGUGAGCCCACAAAUUAAUUCAAGGGAAGAAAAGUUGGUUAUAAAUGAUGGCUCUUACUUCUCUGCAAGUUUGCAUGGACUCAUCUGAUUGGUUACAGGUAAGGCUUCCGCUCGAUUUUUGCCUAAGAAACAUCCCUGUAGGAGGUGGAUGUAGAAAAAACAAGAAAGUUUCAUCCAAGAAAUCAUCAAAUGAUGUUCAUAAUAUUCAUCAAUCUUCAUCUUCUUCUGUGCUUAACCAACAAAACCCUGCUGGGAUUUUGUCUUCUGAUGAUCAUGAUCAUGAUCAUAAUCCUACUGAACUUCAACUUUCAUUCCCUGAUUAUAUGCAGUUUUCACACUUCAACAACAACACUUUCUUGACAAACCCUAGUUUCAAUACUCUUGAAAAUCCAAUUCAUGAUUUCAUGGAGAACAAGUAUGAUUUCUUGGGAAAUGGCGACUUUGGUAAUAUGAUGGGGAAUUCUCAAAAUUUUCAAGGGAUUUGCUCACCGUUUUUGGGUAUGAAUCUUGAUGGGAACAUGAGUGGAACAAUCUUGGACAAUUCUCAGAGGUUAAUGUUGCCAUAUGAUCAUAAUUUGGAUCAUACUAAUCAGGUCGAUGAGAAGCCAAAUUCGAAGAUAUUGUCACUUGAAUGGCAUGAUCAACAAGCUUGUUCUGAUGCUGGGAAGGAGAAUUUUGGUUAUCUGGGUGGACUCGGAACAUGGACUGGCUUGAUGAAUGGCUAUGGAUCUUCUGCAACAAAUCAUCCGUUAGUCUAGAUGCGGCACGUCUGGAACACACUGGACAGUACAUCGAACAAAAUUUUGAUACUUUCUUAAUGUUGUCCAGUCGUAAAAUUGAUCUGUUGUAUCCAUCAUGAGAGAUCAUUUGCCUCAAAUGGUAGGUUAGAUUUAUCCUACUGAAGGAUUGUUUUCUGUUUUCCUUUUUCUGUUGUAUGUUUUUUUUUUUUUUUUUUAAUUGACUUAACCAGUUUAGUGUGAAUGAGUAUUGUGGAAGUCUGAUUAUAUAUAUAUGAAUGUUUAAUCAGUAAA